UUAAGAUUAACAAGCGGUUGCCCUGCUCCACUCAUCUCAAGUUCUCAACGACGAGUCGUUGCGCCCACUGCUCACAACAAUCACUGCAUCAAUUCGCAUCGCUACACACAUUCGCGAUACACAAUAUCCCUACUGCGCCAAAUUGUGCAUGCUUCCGUCGCUUCCGCAUCUGCCUAAUAGCUGAAUCGCGGCCUUCCGAAACAUCCUUUGAAACACUACGACACGCGCGACAGCCAUGUCGGGCAACAAUUACCAGCAAUAUGGCGGGAACCCCUACGGCCAGGCGGAGGCAGGCUAUGGCGGUACCAGCAAUCCAUAUGGUAACACCGGUUACGGGUCUUCGAACCCAUAUGGCGGAGGCUACGAUGAGCAGAACGCUCGCCCAAACCAAUUAACACAAGGCGACUCGAACUACUCGCAGCCCUCGCAAUACUCGGCGCCCGCGCCGACGCAGACUGUACCGCACACAGACGCUCCUCUGCCUCACGGAAACACAGCUCAGCAGCACUACGGAAGCAAUGCGCAGGUCGGUCAGCAGCCGUACGGCCUCGAGCAGCCUGGCACCAAGCCCUUGAGCCAGCAGGACUUCCUUCAGCGCAUUGAUGGAACCAAGACCCGGAUUAGUCAGCUCACGCAAGACAUUGGCGCCAUCUCGAGCAUCCACCAGCGCAUGCUCUCGUCGCCUGACAACCGCUCGUCCGCCGAACUGGAGAGCAUUGUUGCGCAGACACAGAUCAGGAACACCCAGAUCAAGGACGAGAUUAAGUUCCUCGAGCGCGAUGCCGCGCGCGAUUCCACCAAUACUUUCAAAAAGACCCAAGUCGAGUCGCUUAAGAGGACGUUUAAGAGUCAGCUCGAGGACUUCCAAAGGGAAGAGGCGGACUACUCUAAGAGGUACCGCGAGGCCAUUGCCCGUCAGUACAGGGUCAUCAACCCUGAGGCUACCGAGGCAGAGGUUCAGGAGGCAGCGAACGCCGACUGGGGUGACGAGGGUAUCUUCACACAGGCACUCAAGAGCAACCGCAGUGGGCAAGCGUCCAGUGUUUUAGGCGCUGUUCGUGCUCGUCACAACGACAUCCAGCGCAUUGAGAAGACCAUGGUCGAGCUAGCCACUUUGUUCCAGCAGCUGAACGAGCAGGUCGUCUACCAGGAGGAGCAGACUGUCCAGGUCGAGAAUCAGACCAUCCAGGUCAACGAAGACGCUAAGCACGCAAACACACAACUCGACCAAGGCAUCAAGUCUGCUAGGCGUGCAAGAAAGCUCAAAUGGUGGACACUCUUUGUUGUGGUCCUCAUAAUCGCCAUUAUUGCUCUGGCUUUGGGUCUUUACUUUGGUCUCAGGGACAAGAACAAGAACACCACCUAGGGGGGUGAGCUUUCUGUAAACCAUCCUAUGAAUGGGCCCAGUCCGACCGUGCUUAGGCGCUUUGGAUACCUCCUGCGCAGGAAAGUCGAGAAGCGUGCUGAUCACUCGUCCUGGUCCGCAGCACAGUCCGGUAUGAUAGUGCCAUGUGGUCCGAUGUGCAGGUUGGGUCCUGCGCCUUGGUUGCUGCUGGGCGCUUGGGCUGACCCUGCACAUAAGAUAUCUUGAUGUGGUUUUAUGAGCUAUAGACGUGAGGAUAUAACGUCGUUAAUCGUAAUGAGAGCUGCAAUUAGCAGCUGUGUGUAUACUGAGAGUUAGCAGGUAGCGCAAAUUCAUGAUCCACUGAUUCAAGAUGAAGACCCACGGUGAUCCUCAUCCCGAUGGUGGCUGUGUUGACAACACG